UCAACAAACAGAAAUUUUCUUGGUUGGUUGGGAUGCAUAUGUGGUAUUCACUUCAACAUAAAUUUAGUCUUCUGGACUAGAGGUUGGGCAGGAUUGCUUCCAAGCUCACUUUGCAUCAAAUAGUACCUCAUCAACUUUGGCAAACUACUAGCUUUCUCUACUAUCUUUUUCCUUAUUCUGCUUCUUUGGAUGGAGAGUAUGAACCGCCGCCGCCGCCGGAAACAACCUAAAAUUAACAGUUCUGAGUCUGAAGAGGUCAGUAGUAUUGAAUGGGAGUUCAUAAACAUGAGCGAGCAAGAGGAAGACCUCAUUUACAGAAUGCAUAGACUUGUUGGUGAAAGGUGGGAUUUGAUAGCUGGAAGGAUUCCAGGCCGAAAAGCAGAAGAAAUAGAGAGGUUUUGGAUAAUGAAACACCGCGAAGGGUUUGCUGAAAACGGAAAAUUGUAUAACGAAGUGAAGUCUAGGACUUCUAGUUGAGCAUUAACUUGUAAUGGUUUUAAACAGUUUUUUACUUAAUUUUGUUGAUUGUUUCCUUCUGUA